AUGCAAGGCAUAGACGGUUUAACAGAGGAAAUGUUCAUUGAGAUGCUAGGUAAACCAGAUAUUGGCUAUGUCAAAAGACGCGAUGGGAAAGAUCUGGAACCUGGGAUACCCGAAUACAUCGUGAGGCCCACCUCAUAUCCCAGGUAUUCUCGGGAUCUGGCUCAGACUGUCAAAAUAAUCGACUUCGGGGAGUCAUUUUUGCACACUGCUAUUCCUGAAACACUACAUACACCUUUAGCUCUUCGGGCACCGGAAGUUGUAUUUCAAGAUCCCAUUGAUUAUCGUGUCGAUUUGUGGAGCAUGGGCUGCAUGCUCUUUGAACUAUUCGCGGGCCAGCCACCUUUCGACACCAUGAUAACGCCCGCAAUUCUUGUUGGCCAAAUGCGAGAGAUGGCAAUAGAUGAUCUACCGGAAAGAUGGCAAGAGAAAUUGAAUACGAUGAAAGCAGAGGACAGCAGGGCCACAGAAAUCUCCGGUCACAACUUGCAGGAAUGGCUAGAAGAAAUUUACUUCGAUAGCCCGAGGCCCGAUCUCUCCCGUCAGGACAUAGUGAGGCUAGGACAGAUCGUUGGAAAGCUAUUGCAUUUCGAGCCAUCUGCAAGAGCGUCAGCGAAAGAAGUUCUUGAUGACCCUUGGUUUGACGAAUGA